UAGUUCUAGUGAGUCUGUGAAAGUGUGAGCGACUGCGAGGCGCGAUCAAUUGGCAAACAACCGCAAGCGGAUCCACUGCUCCACACGCCAAACGAAACGCCACGCCGAAUAUCAUCGAAUAUAAAAAGCGGACUACCCCACAAACAACAACUACACAUCACGUGCAACAUGUCCCAUCAGUGCAGCUGCGGUCGCGACCUCAACAACAACUACGUCUCGUACACGAACGCCUACGCCAAUGCAAAUGCCUCGUUGGACCGCGAGGCGGCCACCAGUGGCAAGUCCGGCGGUCCGCCGCGGGCCCAGCUGACGGCCAAGGUGAUGUUUGGCACGGUGGGCGCCAUCAAGGAGCUGCGUGACAAGGAGCAGCAGCAGCAGCGACAGGCGGCGGCGGCACGGGCGGGCGAGAGGCGCAACUGAGAGCGGGGGCGGAGCGGCCCGAGGGGCGGGGCGGGACGAACGACCGUUGGAGCGGUCGAGUGCUGUGCUGUGGGUUGUCGGCGGGGGAUCUCUGGCUGAUCGAAAGAAGGGUAACAUGAAGACUUGGACAAUGCUGCAAGGACCUGGAUUAAUCAACAAUAAUUCAAGCAACAGGUGAUUUGGUUUAAUCAUGAGGAAUUCGCGCAGCUCCAAGAAAUCCAGUUGAACAUAUUCAAUCAUAAUGAAUUCGCGGUACUCCCAAGAUUCUACAAGUAAUCCAAAUAAUUCGAAUCGUUCGGGCUCCGAUGACUCAAAUGGGUGAUCCCUGGAUCACGUUAGAGGCUUCAAAGUUUUGGCAGGGGACGGGCAAUCUGUGUAACGACAUUCCUUCUCAACAAAAACUAUCCAAAAAACAAAAAAAAACAAAGUACAUCACAUAUUUAUACACUUUUUUUUGUCUGCCACAACUUCUCUAACACUCUCUCUCUUUCUCCUGUAAGCUUCAGCAGACUUCUUUGAUUCAAUGUAAAUUGUUUAUUACAUAUAUUUAUACAUAUACUACUUAGUGCAAUACCUUAGCUAUACACAGAAACACACACACACACACGCGUAGCCUUAAGUUUGUUUUAUUUUGUAAGUGCACACGCAUACACUCACUCAUUUUACAAUGUUGUUUAAUUUUGUUUUGUUGUUUACGCGCUCUGCGAGUUUUGGCUGCGAGUCUGGAGACUUCCAGGUGCUGCUGCAUCUCAAAACGCAAGGCACGUAACCCACACACACCCCCAUAUAAACCAUAUAAAUAUAGCUACACAUAUGCCUAAUCUUUAAUACCCAUACUACUGUUAUUACUUCUAAUAAUCAUAUUGUAUAUGCCGCACGAAGAGACGAAACAGAAACGUAAAAGAAAAGGAAAAAGAAAACUUAAAAUUAUUAUUAAUCCAAAUGGGAUGGUGUUUGCUCAAGUGAUUUGUACUAAAAUGGAAGCGAAAUAAAUUAAAUCGCCAAUCGAAGCUCAAUUGAAGUGCUGUAAAUUGCGUAUGUUUCGAGAGAGCGAGCGGAGCAUCUACAAUAUAUUUAUUAUACCUAUAAAAUAAUAUUAAUAUGUAUGUCUACUUGUACAUCUAUUUAUAGAGCUAAUCCCAACAAAGGCGAAUAAAAAUCGAACUUUUAAUAAACUGAAAA